AGAUUGCUUUGGGUUUUAUACGAAACUGCUGACUAGUCAGGAGGAGGAGAGAGGACUUCUUCAAACUACAUAUUUCUGGAUAUUUCUACAUCUAAAUGGAAUUAGUUGGACCUGAAGCGGUUUGUGAAAGGAAUAGACAUGGUACAUGGACACAGCUUCCAUCGCGUUGUUGCUGUAAGUCUUCUCAUACUGGGGUUGUCUGGGGCAACGAAGAAGGAACUUGCAGUGAAAAACAAUUCUGGAGUGAAGCCUGCAGGUCAGUGUGGGACAUGGGUGAAAGAACCAGACGGAGGGCUGUUCACUUCUCCCAAUUACCCCAACAAAUACCCCCCAGACACCGAGUGCGUUUACAUCCUUGAAGCUCCACCAAGACAAUGCAUCGAUCUACACUUUGAGGAGAACUACUCAAUCGAAUCCUCUUGGGAAUGUAAAUUUGACAACAUCGAAGUCAGGGAUGGACCUUUCGGCUUCAGCCCCAUGCUCGGACGCUACUGCGGUCAACAAAGUCCCCCCGACAUCAGGAGUAGUGGGAGAUACCUGUGGAUAAAGUUUGUCACGGACGGAGAGCUGGAAGCGGUCGGAUUUUCUGCGAGCUACAACUUCACGGCGGAUCCAGACUUCUCUGACCUGGGCGUCCCACCACCUCUGCCCUCGUGUCAGUAUGAUAUGGUGGGACCAGAGGGGAUAGUGGAGUCACAUCAGAUCACCAGAGAUGGGAAGGCUGGUGCCACUGAGGCUGUGGACUGUAAAUGGUACAUCCGAGCGCCGCCUAGGUCCAAGAUCUACCUACGUUUCCUGGACUAUGAGAUGGCUAAUUCAAAUGAAUGCAAGCGUAACUUUGUAGCAGUGUAUGAUGGUGGCAGCUCAGUGGAGGACCUCAAGAGUAAAUUCUGCUCCACGGUUGCCAACGACAUCAUGCUGGUGUCCACUCUGGGGGUGAUCCGGAUGUGGGCGGAUGAGGCCAGUCGAAAGAGCCGAUUCCGCAUCCUGUUCACCACCUACCAAGAGCCUCCUUGUGAUGCCGAUGCCUUCUUCUGUCACAGUAACAUGUGCAUUAAUAAUACCCUGGUGUGUAAUGGGAUGCAGAACUGCGUCUACCCCUGGGACGAGAACCAAUGUAAAGAGAAAAGAAAAGCCAACAUCCUGGACAACCUGAACAACACAAAUGGCACCAUCAUCGGGGUGACCUGCUGCAUCGUGCUCCUCCUUCUCAUCGUAUCCGUCAUAGUUCAGAUCAAACAGCCUCGUAAAAAGUAUAUCCUGCGUCGUGAGGACUUUGACCCCACUCUUUUCCAGGAGGUCUUUGAGCCGCCACAUUACGAGCUGUGCACUUUACGCUCCACCACCUCUGCUGCAGCGGCCUCUGCAGACCUGGUGGACCUGGCUGAGGACUUUGAGAACUACCACGCCCUCAGAAGAGCCUCCUCCAGGUGUGUCCAUGAUCACCACUGUGGUUCCUCAUCCAACCCGGGCUCAGCACACUUCUCCCAGCUGUCUCUGAGCGGCAGAGGCAGUAGAGGAAACUUGAGCACCAGAGAAGCAGCCACUCUCCUGACAGACCUCCCACAGGCCCCCAUGUCCGUGCGCCCCCUGCUGCCUGGGACAGGGAACCGCAGAAGCAUCCUGGUCAUGAAGCACAGCUACUCACAGGAGGCAGCGGACAAUGGCUGUGACCUGGACGACGACAUGGAGGAAGUGCCCACCACCAGCCACAGGCUCUCACGCCACGAGAAGGCCGUACAGCGGUUCUGCCUCAUUGGCUCUUUGAGCAAACAUGAAUCAGAGUACAACACAACUAGGGUCUAGGAGACAAUCUCAAGAUACUUCAGACAGGUGCAACAUUCCUCUGCUUCUUGCCAAGUCUGACUGCACUGGGAGCUAAACCUUUUCUCUCUUUGUGCAUCUUGAAUGAACUGUUCCUCUGUAGAGAAUGUGUGCACUUGUUUCAAUGGGACAGCAGAGAUGCAUAACUGUGAAUGACUGGCUUCAGGAGUGAUGAGCCAUGGGACAAUGAUUAUUUAG